UCUCAACUGCACGGUGAAACAGGCCAUUUCUCUCGCGGUACAGCGAGACCAUACCAAACAGAGGACCGUGCCGAAUAGGGACGGGUUUUUGUUCCGAAGAUUUACGGGAAAGCAGUGUUGUGUAGUAGCGUUGUGUACUUAGUACUACACGGCAGGCUUACAGAGCUACAACGAGCAUCUUAUUUGAGUAGAUUCCAGUGUUUCUUAACCAAAGCUGUCGUGAUUAGAUGUGGUGUGUUGCGUGAAGUGUUAUGAGCUAGAUAAAUCAAUCCACGAUCCACAAGAGGAGUGAAACCGAUCCGAGAAGAUCUUGGCGUUGCAGCGAAAUUAGUGAACAGUGGCUUGUGUUCCUUUCUUCCUUUGGGCGAAUAGUAUUCCAAAGUGACAAGCGAGCAGGAUGGCUACAAACUGCGAAAUUACCAUCACUGGACCACAGGAGGCACAAACCAAGAGCAGCCUGAUCGUGGUAUCCAAUCGAUUGCCGUUCGUACUGAAGCGAGACUCCAAGACGGGGAAACUUAGCCGUCAUGCUAGUGCCGGCGGAUUAGUCACAGCGGUUGCGCCGGUCGUGAUCAAGGGCAAGGGACUGUGGGUCGGUUGGUCCGGCAUUACACUGACGGAUGAAAACGAACCGAUCCCAGAAUCGGACCCAUCCGACAAUACACCAACUGCCGGGCUACUCUCAGAACAGGUCGUUUCGGUGAACGUGGAACCGAAGCUGUUCGAUAGCUACUACAACGGAUGCUGUAAUGGCACGUUUUGGCCUCUGUUUCACUCGAUGCCGGGCCGGGCAACGUUCUGUGCCGAUCACUGGCGCUCGUACUAUGAUGUGAACAAGGAGUUUGCUGCCCGUACGAUCGAAGCACUUGAGAAGGCCGUCAACAACAAUACGCACCCUGGCGUACCGUUGAUCUGGAUCCACGAUUAUCAUCUCAUGCUGGCGGCCAACUGGAUCCGUGAAGCUGCCGACGAACGGAAUCUACCGUACCAGAUGGCAUUCUUCCUGCACAUUCCCUUCCCACCGUGGGACAUUUUCCGUCUGUAUCCAUGGUCGGAUGAGAUCCUGCAGGGUAUGCUGGCCUGUGACAUGAUUGGUUUUCACAUUCGCGACUACUGUCUCAACUUCGUCGACUGCUGUCAGCGUAAUCUUGGAUGUCGUGUGGAUCGGAAGAACUUGCUGGUAGAGCAUGGCGGUCGUUCGGUUCGUGUACGUCCUCUGCCGAUCGGAAUACCGUUCGACCGGUUUGUGGAGUUAGCGCACUCCGCACGUAAAGUGAUCAACACCAACCAAAAGAUCAUUCUCGGUGUAGAUCGACUAGAUUACACGAAGGGUUUGGUCAACCGGCUGAAGGCAUUCGAGGUACUGCUGGAAAAACAUCCAGAACAUCGAGAAAAUGUGAGUCUGCUGCAGAUUUCCGUACCGUCCCGUACAGACGUUAAGGAAUACCAGGAGCUAAAGGAGGAGAUGGAUCAACUGGUGGGACGAAUCAAUGGACGAUUCACAACGGCAAAUUGGUCUCCAAUUCGUUACAUCUACGGUUGUGUCGGACAGGAGGAACUGGCGGCUUUCUACCGUGAAGCCUCCGUAUGUCUAGUCACACCACUACGUGAUGGUAUGAAUCUGGUAGCGAAAGAAUUUGUCGCCUGUCAGAUCAAUGAACCUCCAGGUGUACUGAUCGUGUCUCCAUUUGCUGGUGCUGGUGAAACGAUGCACGAGGCGUUAUUGUGCAACCCGUACGAGCUGGAUGCCGCUGCGGAGGUGAUACAUCGAGCCCUUACAAUGCCGGAAGAUGAACGUACCCUGCGGAUGUCACGUAUGAGACGUCGUGAAAUGCAACAUGAUGUGAACAGCUGGAUGAGACAGUUCCUGAAGGCAAUGGGAUCGCUGGAAGAGGAUGACAUCGGUACUACCACGAUGCAACCGGUUACUGUGGAUGAUUUUGAUGACUAUCUCCUGAACUACAUCGGAUACAACCAUAAGCUCGCCCUUCUACUCGACUACGAUGGUACACUUGCACCGAUUGCUCCCCAUCCAGAUCUGGCCACCCUGCCACCGGAGACCAAAAACGUCCUACAACGGUUGUCUAACCAUUCGGAUGUGUAUAUCGCCAUCAUCUCUGGACGUAAUGUGGAGAACGUGAAACAGAUGGUUGGAAUCGAAGGCAUCACGUAUGCCGGUAACCAUGGGUUGGAAAUUUUACAUCCAGACGGUAGUAAAUUCGUACAUCCCAUGCCCAUCGAGUACGAGGAUAAAGUCAGUGGGCUUUUGAAAUCGCUGCAAGAUUCGGUUUGCGGUGAUGGUGCAUGGGUAGAGAACAAGGGACCGCUUCUGACGUAUCACUAUCGUGAAACUCCUGCCGAGCUACGUCCUGCCUUGGUGGAAAAGGCACGGCAACUAAUCAUUCAGUUUGGAUUCCGUGCGGCGGAAGCACACUGUGCGAUCGAGGCAAAGCCACCGGUACAGUGGAACAAGGGCCGUGCCUCGAUAUACAUCCUGCGGACGGCAUUCGGUGUGGAUUGGAGUGAGCGAAUCAAGAUCAUCUACGCCGGCGAUGAUAUGACGGAUGAGGACGCCAUGAUGGCACUCAAAGGUAUGGCGGCAACGUUCCGUGUUACGAACUCGCAGAUCAUCAAAACCUCCGCCGAAAGACGUCUACCCUCGACAGAUUCUGUGCUGACCAUGCUGAAGUGGGUCGAGCGACACUUUAUGCGCCGUAAGCCGCGUGCCAACAGUCUUACGUACCGGGGCAAGAAAAAGGAUUGCGUUAAAAUGCAGAUGGCCUUCGAUCUGGUACCGAACACAAGUGCUGCCAACAGUGCCGCCAGCAGUUCCGACGAGCGUGAUUAAAGAGAGCUUUUGUUUUGCACACCUUGCCCGUUGUGCAUAACUCUGUAUACGUAGGUUAGCUUUAUUUCAUCCUGCUUUAGUUGUCCCUCAUUGUUUUCUUCCUUUUUUCGAGCUAUUUUAAUUUCUAUUCUAGUUAUUGAAGCGAAAGUAUCCUUAAAAUUGCUUUUGUUAAGCUAUGUUUUUUUUGUUGUGUUGGCGGUAGUGUAAAUAUACGCACGCCGUAUCAUGUUGGUGUUAAUGUUUUACUACUGUUGCUAUUGUUGAAGCAUACCAUAUUGUUUCAUGUGAAAUGGUAGCGUUUAAGUUUUACGAGCGAUUCGUGUUCGCGUAGCAGGAACAACCCAGGCUGAACAAACCAAUGAACAUUUGUUUCGGGAACUAGAAUGAUAUUCGAAAACAAUGUCUUUAGGAUAAGGUUAGAGAGAAAUAAAUUCUUAGUGGUGUUACUAAGCAAACGAGCAAA